GGAGACCCACACACGGUGCCAAGUCCAGGCAAGCGUAAUCAGACUUGCACGGCGACAGUGGGCGCUACACACUGCCGCUUGCGUUCUUCAUUCUUUUCGCUGUUCGUUCUAGGAGUUGCUUUUUCCUCUCUCUCAGUAAUUUCUGCUGUCCAUGGCGGGCGCUGUUGAGGCUGUCGCGCGUCCAUCGUGUGCUGCCACAAGUCAUGUGAGCGAAGGUGCGCAACCACCAAAGCGCCGUGACAUUGACGCGUUCAUGGUCAAGUACUCUGCGCACUUGCCUCACCUGGUCUUCGAUGACGAGGGACGGACGCCCACCAACGGACUUCGCUUGCCCGUAGUCUCUUCUCGCUUCAUGGCGCCGUAUCUCUACACCGGUGUGGACUACGCCCUCGUCCUCGCCGCCUGCUUCCCCGCCCGCUGCAUCGAUCUCGCGUCACUGAAUUGGUCGUCCACUCCACUCGCCUCUCAACGCCUGGGCAACCUGCGCGUGUUUUGCGAGGCCGCCAGGGCCCUCGCGCUGCCCGAUGCGCCGCUCUCGGCGCUUCAGGCCGAACUCCUGCAAUGCAGCCCGGCCUGCGUGGUGGCGCACCUGAAGGUGCAGCAUUGGCUCUACAGUCUCUCUCUGCGCUUCGUGCCGCACGGCGACCACGACGCUGCGACGCUGCGUGCGGUGCAUCGCCACUUGCAGCUGGGCGAGCCCUAUUUGAAGCGGCAGAGGACGGAGUUGGGCCAGCGGUACGACACCUGCCCGUCGGUGCACGAGUGCGCCCCCUUCUCCGCAAAAGACCUUCAGCGGUGCUGUGGGCCUGUCCUGGCGCCGGUCCCACCCUUUAUCGAGGUGCCGGUCGCGUCCGCGCAACCAGGUCCCUCCUCGUCCAACUCAAGACGUGGAGGCAAGGAGAACGACAUCAUUUCCACCGCUGCCGGCGGAACCGAUAGGUCAUCGAAGAGUGACGACGAAGAAGGCGGCGGCGCGUUGCGAAUGGCGAAGCAGAAGCCGUGGUUGAAUUACAGCAAACCGUGGCUGUUGCCUUCUUUGCGAGCAGCGGAGGCGAAGAAGGCUGCCAGUGAGGCUGCUGCGGCCAAACAGGAGCAGGAGGAGCGGGAGCGCAAUCCUCGCUACAACGCUUUUGUUGCGCAGUCAACGGAUGUUAAUCAGCAGUACAUGCUGUCGAGGGCCGCGGCAGCGGAGAAGCGCGACCAACUUCGUGUCGUCAAGGCGUUCAUUGUGGAGGAGAUCACAGAAGGAAAGCCACUCGAUUUUAAGGAGCUCGUGGACCGCCUCAGAGGGCAGCGCUGA